AUGAAUCGGACGUUCUCGUUGCGCCGAAAAGUGAAAAAGUCGGAGAUUUCGACGCCGAGCAAUUUCGAGCACAGGAUUCAUGCGGGAUUCGAUGCGAGGACCGGCUCGUAUACGGGAUUGCCGAAACAAUGGCAAGCACUUCUGGGACCACCUCGUUCCAUCGCCCGUCCCAAGCCAAUGGUCGAUCCAUCUUGCAUCACUCCUGUAGACGUCGCCGAGCUGAAAACCGUUAUUCGUGGACCGUCUUCAAGAUACAACUCACCACUUCCUUUCGGAAUUCCAAACUCUCCGAUGCCUAGUGUCGCCAGAAGUAACAGCCUUCGAAUAUCGUCUACUCCAACCAUCGUCAAUGUCUCCUCAUCACGACAAUCAUCGUUCCGCCCGUCUCUUCCGCCUGUCAGUCAACGUGGAUACCCGUUUAAUGAUCCGAAUUAUGCACCGCUUCCACUGAGAAACAACAAUCAGAGACCUCCUUCCUCAAUGCAGACGACGUUCGGAGUGGAGCAGCCACGUCAUCAGGCUCCAUCAAUCACGACGAUUGUGGCUCCACCGUCGUCGAGAACGAUGGCUCCGAAGGGAUUGACGACGCCAAUGAUUAGUAGGCAACCGAAGUGUACAGAAGGUGUUAGUGAUGAGGAGUUCCGAAAAGCUCUAAAAUUCGUCGUCGACAGCAAUGAUCCCCGUUCUGACCUCACAGACUACAAACAAAUCGGCGAGGGAUCCACUGGUGUCGUCGACGCCGCCUAUAAAAUCUCCACAAAACAAAUUGUGGCGGUGAAACGAAUGAAUCUGAAGAAACAACAGAGACGAGAACUUUUAUUCAAUGAAGUUUCGAUUCUUCGUCAAUAUCAACAUCCGAAUAUCGUUCGAUUCUUCUCUUCUCAUCUAGUUGAUGAGGAGCUUUGGGUUGUGAUGGAAUUCAUGGAAGGGGGCUCUCUAACAGAUAUUGUGACGGCGACUCGAAUGACUGAACCACAAAUUGCAACGAUUUCUCGUCAAGUUCUCGGGGCUCUAGAUUUUCUUCAUGCCAGAAAAGUUAUUCAUAGAGAUAUCAAAAGUGACUCGAUUCUCCUAAAACGAGACGGAACCGUCAAACUAACAGAUUUCGGUUUCUGUGGUCAACUAUCGGAAGAAGUUCCCCGUCGACGGUCUCUCGUCGGAACUCCAUACUGGACGGCGGCUGAAGUGAUCGCCCGUGAGCCAUAUGACACUCGAGCGGAUAUCUGGUCAUUCGGAGUGAUGUUGAUAGAAAUGGUUGAAGGAGAACCACCGUUCUUUAAUGAUCAACCAUUUCAAGCGAUGAAAAGGAUACGAGAUGAACCGGAAGCACGGUUUAGUCGGCAUGCUAAGGUGACUCCCGAACUGAGUGAUCUCCUCAACCACUGCAUUGUGAAAGACGUCAACCAACGGUGGUCAUCUCGAGAUCUACUCCAUCAUCCAUUUUUCGUCAAAUCUCAACAUCCCUCAUCGAUUGCUCCGCUUCUUCUUCAACUUCAAGGAAACACUAUUAAUGGAAACACUACACAACAACUACAACAACACUCUCAAAUCACUACUGUUAUUCAAUAA